AAGAAUCAUUACUAUCUUUGCAUGGAGGAUCACUAAAAUUACAGAAUAAAGUGAUAUAAAAGAUUCACAACAAUACUAAAGCUACAGAGUAUUAAAAGAUGACGCCACGGGAAACUAUUCAAAGCUAAUUUAAAGGGAGCAUCUCGGAAAUCCUGGCUCCUAAAGAAUUAAAGAAGAUAAUGCUAUACAGUGGACCUAUUCGGUGUAAUGAUUAGAUAUUUGGUUCUGAUGUUAGCUUGUUCCAGUUUAUUGGUGGUAGGAGUAGAAGAACAACAAUAUAAACAACUCAGAAGAAUAUCUGGGUCUGGUAGAAGUUCUUUACAGUUUUACUCCGCCUCUCUGGAUCAGAAACUAAACCUGGAGAAAUCGAACCUGGAACAGUUUAACUCCGCCUCUCUGGAUCAGAAACUAAACCCGGAGAAGCAGUUCUACUCCACUUCUUUAGAUCAGAAACUGAACCCAGAGAAAAUAACCCCAGAAAAACAAUCUUACACCAAAUUGAUAUCAAAGAUCAAAGCUAAAAAUGAUAAAUUCAAUGAUAAACGACGGAGAACUUAUUUUUCCUCUGAAUCCUCUCCUUCUCUAACCAUUUCAAACCUCACCAACCCUCUCCCCAUCCUUCCCCCCUUAACCAUAUCCAAAUCCAUGAAAUUGAAAGUCAACCCAUUAAUUUCAAACAAAAUCUGGUUGUCGAAUAUUUCUUCCAUCUUGACUGAUUUUAGAACAAGAAGAAGAUUUGAUUUUGAUCCUUUUCUUCCUCACUAUAACAGACGAAAAAAUGUAAUUAGAGCCCGUCGGAAAAGUGUCAAGUCAUCGAAAUCAUCAGCUGUAACAUUCACUAUUACGGAGCCGUCAACAUCAACAUCAACAUCAACAUCAACAUCAACAUCAACAUCAACAUCAACAUCAACAUCAACAUCAACAUCAAAUCAACAUCAACAUUAACAACAAAAGCAACAACAGCAACAUUAUCAUCCAGAAGAAAAGGGAAUUCUACAGUUAGCCCCAGUAUAAAAACUGCUCC